AUGACCACUACAGUUUCCAACGGCAACGGCACCGACGUGGUGAGUCUGCUUAAAAAAAAUAAACCUCCGGCACUGAAGAAACUCGCGUCGUGGAAAGACGAAAACGAAUUUGACGGCACGGGCAACCCGAAAACGCCCAGAACUUCCACCACGCCGGGUCACGAGAACUGCACGUUUCACCACGACUUAGAGCUGGACCACAAGCCACCCACCAGGGAAGCCCUGUUGCCGGACAUGACUGACUCAUACAAGAUGCUUUUGAGUGCGUUGGGUGAAAACCCCGAACGCCAAGGGUUGCUGAAGACCCCGGAAAGGGCUGCCAAGGCAAUGCUGUUCUUCACAAAGGGCUACGAUCAGACGCUGAAGGACGUUCUUAACGAUGCGGUAUUUGACGAGGAUCACGAUGAAAUGGUUGUAGUGAAGGACAUUGAAAUGUUUAGUAUGUGUGAACACCACUUGGUUCCGUUUUACGGAAAAGUUUCGAUUGGAUAUUUGCCGAAAAACAAAAUUUUGGGCCUCAGCAAACUCGCACGCAUCGUGGAGAUGUUCAGCAGAAGACUUCAAGUUCAAGAGCGAUUAACUAAACAGAUUGCUGUGGCCGUCACCCAAGCGAUUCAACCUGCUGGAGUUGCCGUGGUCAUAGAAGGAGUGCACAUGUGCAUGGUCAUGAGAGGCGUACAAAAGAUAAACAGCAAAACCGUCACGUCUACUAUGCUGGGAGUGUUCAGAGACGACUCGAAGACACGCGAAGAAUUUUUGAACCUAGUCCAGUCAAAAUGA